CAUAAUCCUGACAGGAACGCACUUGAGUAUUUCCUCUUAAAAUGAGUUUGUCACAGACUUUGUUAUGCUGCACUUCACUCUUGAUUUUAGGAGUACAAUCACAAACGCCAGUAAUGAGCCCACAGAUUGGAUACAUAAGAUCUGGAGAAAGCUUUACUUUUACAUGCAAUGUGGGUGUUAAGGAUGGUGGAUGGACAGUUUUCCUCAAACAAACAAUUGGAGAGAACCCUAAAUUCAUUUUAAUUAACAGUGAGUCGCACACAUCUCCCUCCUAUGGACCUGGGAUGUCCUCAACCCAUUACUCUUCUAGAAUAAUCAGUGCUGGCACUCAGUAUGAACUAAUUAUACAUAGCACAGGCCCUGCAGACAUGGCUCUCUAUCACUGUGUUAAAUGGUAUACACGUGAACAGGACAUAUUCGUCUUCAGUCAAAGCAGUAAACUCAUAGUCACAGUGGAUAAAUUUCCUGAACCUGCUAUUAAUGUCUUCGCCCCAUAUGUUGAAGAUCAUUCGACAAAAGAUAAUCAAGUCAUAACCUGCCAUGUCAGAAAGAUGUCAGUUAGUUUGGUUAAUGUGAAAUGGAUAAAAGAUGGUACCACAAUCCAAGAUGGAGUCAGCACAAGUCAGCCUACUCGGGACACAGAUAACACCUUCAGUUUGAGCAGCUACUUGACCAUUCCAGCAUCAGACCUCAACAAAGACAGCAUAUACUCCUGCUGGGUCCAGCAAGAAGGUUCUUCUUCCUUCACAUCACAAGGAAUCAAUUUGUCCCAGUGUUAAUGCUUGCGGUUGAGAUCACUCAGCAUCUGUAGUUAAAAAAUAUUAUGUAUCUCUUGGUCUGUGCGACAACAUGUAUAAUCAGCCUUUACUACUCCUUAUGCUAUAAUUGUAAUAAUAAUUGCUAAUAAUCUAAGCAAUACAAUUAAUGGCCACUUUGUCACAUGAGGAUAACAUUUUUUUGUUUCUUGUUUACAUCAUCAUAGACCUGCUGAGUGAUACAGGUCAGAGUGACUUAUGGGAUCUUUAAUUUUCUUUCUUAUCUUUCUUUCUAUAAUACAAGUGUUUAUGCUUUUUCCAUCAGACAUGUGAGAUUGUGUAACAAAAGAUCUGCUUUAUCCCUUCGACUCCCUAUACGUUUAUACCAUUUACUAUAGAAUGUUACCCUUGCUUUAUUACUUGUUACUUCUUGCAUGCAUUAUACACUUGUUCCUCGAAAAAAAUGUUCUAACAUUGCUGCAUAGAUCUAUUUAAAUAAUAAUAAAAAGCAUACUUUUUAAUUCAAAAAA